GUCUCUCUCCCGUUUCCAUCAUCUACUCACUUUCCUCCGAGCUUGCUUAUAUGUGUACCACCCUGCUCUUUUAAAUUUGAGAGAAGCUUUUUGGUGCCCGCAUACAGUCAUGAUGUCCUGUACAUUCUCUACAAUUUCCCACAUUUUUCAGCACCCUUUCCUGCAAAGAAGCGAUCGAUCAUCUUUUGCCGCUGUACAUACUGCUAGGAGAUUUUCCACUGCCUCUCAACCUCCAUUGACCCCUCAAUCUCGCUUUUCACCUUACAGACAAGCACUUAACACCUUGGCGGAGCGAACACGCACACCCAUUUCUUCACUGAUCGUAUCGUUCGCUGUACUACACGAGCUUACUGCCAUUCUUCCGUUUACGGGUUUCUUUUUCCUUGCGCGGACGUUCGAUGUAGGGAACAGGCUCUUUGCCGCAUUUCCCGAACAGGCGGAAAGCGUUCUCGAAUCACCCGAUCCAGCCUCAUCGGCGGAAGUAGGCUGGAUGGUAGCGAGGGGCAGGGAAUCGGUAGUUGAAGGCAUGCGAUGGGCAGAGCAUGUGGGAAGGAGAUACGGUAUUUUUGGCUUUGAGAGCUCAAAGAACACGGAUGGGGCGAGCGUCGCUGUCAAUGCAGAAGAUGGGCGCGAUGUCUGGGGAACUUGGGUAUCUGAAAGAGCAGCUGGGGACUUUGUCAAUGCCGUAAUUGCGUAUGGGAUCACCAAGAUGAUGCUACCAGUGAGAAUCGGACUCUCGCUCUAUCUGUCCCCUGCCUUCUCGCGUCGAGUCGUAGAGCCUACCCGCAUGACAGUGGUGCAAAUGUUCCGACGUCGUCCGCCAGCAUGAAAGCAGCAAUUACCCCGUUGGAAAUAGUCGUCCCGCUCUCUCUGAUUACUCGUGUAUUCAAAUUUCGUGCCCGACACAGUCGACCAUUGCCUUUGUACACUUUGAAUAGACCAAUGGCAGGAUUUGGGCUGAACUACCCCUAGCUCAGGACAACAUACGCACUAGCAUACAUUGCGCGGUAUGUUUGAAUAGUCCUUACGCAUAAUAUAUGUCCUGUACGAGCGGCUGACUCAGCUCAUGAUGUACAGUAGUCGAUUCAUUACCGUUCCUGUUUCAUGGCAGUCUCGGUGAUUAACCGUGGCUACUCUAUCGUAGGGUUCUCGUGUCCCAAAGACGCGGUCAACGACGAGGCCCCGAGCGCCUUCCAAGAUUUGUCAGUGCU